CUGCUCCAGAUGCAUCCUGUUUACGAGGAUGUGCUGAUAUUUUGGCCAUACAAAAGCAUGCUGAAAUGCACACUGCAUGCACACUGCGACAUGCGAAUGUAGUACAGCAUCAUGGUAUUUAUGGCAUUCUGCAUUUUCUAUACUAUGAUGCAAAUGCAAAACUGCGCGCAAGGUUGUAACCGUUAUGUCUUCGAUUGAUGGAUGGCACCACCAAUGGUCGAUGCGGCAACAGCACCCUUAGCCAAUGGUGAUGCAAGACAAACCGCCUGGAAGAGGUUAACGAUUAAAUUGCCGAUGUUCAUGCUGCCGACCUAUGUCCUGCAUUAGCUAAUGUUAAAGGUGUACCUAAAUUGUUAUCUUAAUUUACUCAAGCGAUGGGCCUAUUUGUUAUUUUUCACCUGUAAGUAUGCCUACAAUGACAAUUGUUGAAUAGAUGAUGAUGCAAGGUGUUACCAAGAUACAUCUUGUAACGGAGAAGGACGACUAGUUACGACAUUAUAUAUUUUGUUCGGGUUUGUUUUACCGAUUGGCCUUCACUCGCAGACAUGGGGCGGGGUCAGGAUGGUACACAAGAGGACAAGACCCCACCACAGCCAGUCUCUCGUUUACAGAGCUACUUGCAUGGAGGUACCUCCAGCCUGCUCUCCACCCUGCCUACUAUAGCUGUAUUUCCUGUCUACAAGACCGUUUUCCGGCAACAGCUCCACACCAUCUCCAUCAUCGAGGCGGUGGCACAGUUGAAAAAGGAAGGAGCAUUGAAGCUCUACAGGGGGGUGACACCCCCUUUGCUAAUGCGAACCCUAAACGGCGCGCUGCUGCAUGGCCUCCAAGAUACCCUACUCCGUAAGCUCUACUCCUCCUCCUCUGCCAAAGUCGUCCCUCACUCCGCCCUCCCAGCCGUUGCAGGGCUUGCGGCGGGACUGGUGGAGGCCCUGGUUUUCACCCCGUUUGAGCGAGUUCAAAACAUGUUGCAGAACGGACAAAACGACCGCAGUCUACCCACGCUGAAGACCGUUCUGGUGCGGCUGAGCUCUGAGGAGCUGGCCUUGGGCUACUACAGAGCCCUUUUGCCCAUCAUGGCCAGGAACUCUCUGGGCUGCUGCUUCUACUUCGGACUGAAGGGGCCACUGCGAGCGCUGGGCGAGGUGCAGGGGCUCCAUCCCACCGCUUCGUCCUUCCUGUCCGGAGCGCUGCCCUCCAUGGCCAUCAGUUUCUCUCUGUACCCGCUGUCUGUGCUGGUGGCUACUAUGCAGGCUGGGGCGGGCGGGCAGGAGGCGGGAACAGUCAGGGCGUGUUGGAGGAAGCUGUGGACGUCACGCCAGCGGAGCUUGGCACUGCUGUACCGAGGAGGUUCGCUGGUCAUCCUGCGCUCAUGCAUCACCUGGGGGAUCACCACCGCCAUCUACGACCAACAGCAGAAGCGUGCAUCGCGAUGAUGAGAAGAAAGAAACAUAAUUCUCAGGGAACCUCUCUCUUAUGAAUCUCACUGCCAUUAUCUUCACCACUGUAGCCAAUGACCUAUUUUCGGAAUAUACCAAUAAGACUGUGAGACAGAAGUUGUUAAUAUAUAGAUAGAUAUAAUAUAUCAUCGGGAGCUCAAAGCCUUGUCAUUAUCAUUCAUUCCAGUUAAUUUGAAUGAACCAGUUUUUUGUUAUAAAAAUGAAAGGUACCUUGGUGGUUGUGGGUCAGCUUUACUGUUCUAUAAUUCUAAAGACCUUUUUAGGAUAGUAACGUUCAAGGUGUCUAAUUAGGUUAAUGUGAGGUGAUUUGAUUUAAUGCUAUUGGGGCACCAUUGUAUGUUUACACAUUAUAGAAAUAUUGAUAUGUAAGAAAGAAACAAAUAAAUAACCAAAUGUUACACAUGUAGGAUAAUUGCCAAACGAUAGGUUAUCCUGUAUUUAAACCAAAUAAAUAUUCUAUCCUGUAUUUGAGUAACUCUUAAUUAGUGCAUUGCAAUGACCAUAUAUGAAUAGAAAGUUACGUAAUAAAAAUGGGAUAUUAAUCAA